AUGUCUCCAAAAGCAGCCUCAACAGCCACAGGCCCACUUGCGCCAUCGAAUCCGGAAACCAAAGAAGACACCGCUCUCUGGAGUUUGAAACAUGUCCAAGUCCUCUGGUCCUGGGCUGCCAGACCAUCCAAGCCAACAUAUCCUCCCAUCUCCUCAAUCCCACCCACGCCGGCCACCCGUCUCCUCGAAGCCGAUGCCGUGCCCACAACCGGCGAGCCCUUCCCGACCGAGCCAAUCCUCACCAGAAACGCCCACCAUGAGCCCUCCAAAUCCAAUACUGUCCUCUACCUCGCCUAUGGCUCCAACAUGUGCUCAAAGACCUUCCUGGGCAUGCGCGGCAUCCGUCCCAUAAGCCAAAUCAACGUAUCCGCCCCUUCUCUCGACCUAACCUUUGACCUGCCCGGUCUCCCAUAUCGCGAACCAUGUUUCGCCAACACCGCCCUGCGUAAACUCCCAGAACCUCCAAAACUGCCCCCCAAAGUCCCUGACAUGCCCGACCUCCCUGACCCCCCAAAGAUGCCCCCUUUCUCUUUCAGCAAUCGACAGCGCGGACCAAUCAACUGGACCAAAGGCCUCGUCGGCGUAGUCUACGAAGUAACGGCAGAAGACUACGCCAAAAUCAUCACCACCGAAGGCGGCGGCGCAAGCUACCACGACAUUCUCGUGCCGUGUUUCCCCUUGCCAGCCACGAUCGGCGUCCCAGAAAAACCCGACAUUCCCGUCCCUCCCAGACCGUUCCUCGCGAGAACGCUCUAUGCCCCACGCCUCCCCGAUAUUCCAGAUAAGCCCCCGAAAGAAGACGAUCGCAGCCCCACCAACAAUGACGACGGUGACGGUGACAAAUGCCCCAAGCCUAAACCCCCCUCUUGGAUCCAAAAAUUCCUCCUCCCCGUCCGCCGCCCGCAAGCAAACUACGCCCAGCCCUCCCCCCGCUACCUCUCCCUCCUCACCACCGGCGCAGCAGAACACGACCUCCCCCAAGACUACCAAGCCUACCUUCAAUCCCUCCGGCCCUACACCGCAACCACCUGCCUCCAGAAACUCGGCCAGGUACUCUUCCUCAGCUUCUGGGUGCCCUGGGUCGUAACAGCCAUGUUUGGGGGUCGGUUGUUCAGUGACGAGAAGGGCAGGGCGCCCAAGUGGGUCGUGGCAGGGACGACGGUGCUGUUUAAUAUCGUCUGGGCAAGUUACGAUUACGUCGCCAAGCCCAUCUUUGGGGACGGGGAGAGGACGCUCGAGGAGGAGGAGACGGACGGGCAGAGGAGUUGGGUCGGGGAACGGUGGGGUGGUUGGAGAAGGGAGAGGGGGACGGUGGGCGAGAGGAGGGUUCUGUUGGCGUAG